CAAUAAAUGCAGGAGUGUAUCGUAAGGGCGCGGAUCUGUGCUGUUGUUUAGUCCUUAACAUUUGUAUUAUAUUUCUCUUCUUUUAGUAUUUUACUUUAAAAAUAACAAUUAUGAGCAUUGCUGCGCUUUUGCAAGCUGCGGAAUAUUUGGAAAGGCGAGAAAGAGAGGCCGAACAUGGAUACGCAUCGACACUGCCGAUCCCAGAUGAUCUCAGAAGCGUGAAAAGGCCAAAGACAAAAAAAUCUCAGGGAAGCAGGACAACUCAUAACGAACUGGAAAAAAAUAGGCGAGCCCAUCUACGCAACUGCUUGGAGAAGCUGAAAGAGAUGGUGCCGCUGGGACCAGAAGCCUCCCGACACACUACACUAGGACUGCUCACGAAAGCGAAGCGGUUUAUCAAGAAGAGUGGAACGUUGGGACGGUUGUGUAUGGAACUGCCGCUGAGGUUGGGAAUUGCACGCUUCCAAGGCUCCGCCCAAUUGUUGCGUUCGAGAUCUGCCACAGUAAAGUGCAACUGCGUGUUAGCAACACAAGGAAAGACUGCAAGAUCUGUGUAG